UCAGUACUGAGUGAACGUUUGUUUGAGGUGCGUUCGUGGUUCCUUCCUGUCGGGUUUUCGACGCGCGAAUCUUCUGUUCUUAUUAUGAAUUAAUUAUUAUUCAAUCGAAGGAAAUAAAACAAUAAUAACACUAAGCUGUGUGUGGGAACGAUUAUUUGUGAUUUUUUAUAUUUUCAAAUUGAAAAAAUCGCGCUUGUUUGAAUGUUUAAGGUAAUUUUUAUUGACCGUCUAUGUGUAGUGUGCCUCUCAUGAAGUGAAGUGACCCUACGGUACAACAACGGAGUAAAAGUGCCCUCAUAUUGGAUUGUGAGGAUGAGAAGCUGUGGAAGAGAAAUCUGAGAAAAUGCAUCAUAAGAAUAUACGUGAAAAUACGGUUGAAAACAUGAAAAUUAAUCCAAAUGCGCAUUUCUAAUGAGGCGUAAACAGAAAACGUAUCCUCGCUAAUUGUUGAGUGAUAUUUAUAAAUCAUGUGCGAGCAUGCAAUCAGUUGUUUUCUUAUGUGAUUGUUUUCGAAAGUGAAGUGAACCAAGUUUUCUUUGAAUGAAACAACGUUUUGCCAUUCCCAAGUUCAUAACAAAACCGGCUUGGAUUAUUCAAGUGAAAUUGCAGUUACUGUUGCACCCUGUUUUCGAUUGAUUGAUUCAAUGAUUGAUGGAGCAAGUUCCUGUAUUUAGGGCGUAACGUGACAAGUGUAACCCUUCUAACAAACCAGUGUUCUGAUUCGGAUAUUUUGGAUAUUCAUUAUUUCUUCAAUAACUGGAAUAACAAUUAUCACACAAGUGAGUCACGUUGGAAGCAUACGAUCUUAUCGGGAAUAUUUCUGUCUUGUUGACAUCAAAUGAACAGAUCCACAGCGCAACCCGGCUCAGCAUCCAUUUUUCUCAAGUCCCUCUCGUGAAAUAAAAAUAUGGAAUCCCUUAUGUCGAAGUUAUCUGUUAAGUUGUUUAUGAAAGCAAUCGCUGAUUAGAUAGAUAGUAUUUUACCGCAGAGCGGCUUAACAACAACAUCAAAAAUGCACCGAAUGUGAUGAGGAAAACAUCACCGUAAAGGUGUACCCAAGUGCCUGGACCCUUGUCAGCGAGGGAGAUUGAAGCAAAAAGUGUAGCUGAACAAGUGAAAACAUAAAAGCAUAAGAAUACAUAAAAUACAAACACACACACACACACACACACACGCAUAAUGGAAACCAGCAGGAUAUCGAUAGCGAUGCUGAGGAGACACCUGAACUCAUCCAUUCUCGUCCUAAUAGUGUUAGUUAGCUGCUGCUUAGAUAGGAUAAACAGUUGGACACCAGAUGUCCUGACCAAGUCAUACAUUACAUAUGAUAAUACGAUACCAGCCUUCUUCGGCAACAGUACUGAUUACUUUAAAUUGCUAGACCAAGACGAUAACUCGAUACUGAUAGGAGCGCGAAACGCGCUCUACAACAUCAGUCUCGAUCGAUUGAUCGAGAAUCCGAACCAGCGGGUUCAAUGGACGUCAUCGGAUGCCCACCGGGAACUCUGCACGCUCAAGGGGAAGCUGGAUCAGGACUGCCAGAAUUACAUCCGCGUGUAUGCACGAGUUGGUGCCAAUCGGAUCAUGCUUUGCGGGACGAAUUCGUACAAACCGCUGUGCCGGUAUUACAAUGUGCUCCCGAGUGAUGGGUCGAUUGCGUACGACAGUAACGAGAUGGAAGCACUGGGCCGAUGCCCGUACAAUCCACUUCACAAUAGCACGUAUCUGUUUACCGAUGGCCACCUGUACUCGGCAACGGUAGCAGAUUUUUCAGGCGCAGAUCCUCUGAUCUACCGUGAACCACAGCGUACCGAGCAGUACGAUAGCAAGCAACUUAAUCAACCUGCGUUUGUGAGUUCCGUCGAGCACAACGGAUACGUGUUGUUUUUCUUCCGCGAGAUCGCUGUCGAAUAUAUGAAUUGUGGCAAAGCGAUUUACUCUCGCGUGAGUCGGGUUUGCAAAAAUGACAAGGGUGGACCACAUCCGCUAAACGAUAGGUGGACGUCAUUCCUGAAGGCGAGAUUGAACUGUUCCAUCCCAGGCGAAUAUCCGUUCUAUUUUGAUGAAAUUCAAUCUACCACUAAAACAAUCAACGGUAUCUACGGAGGUGCAUCGAACCAGAUAAUCUACACAGUUAUGACCACUCCGGGAAAUGCCAUAGGUGGAUCAGCGGUGUGCGCUUUCUCCAUCCAAGACAUUCUGGACACUUUCGAGGGCCCAUUCAAGUCUCAGCGGGACAUCCACUCGAAUUGGUUGCAGGUUCCGCAAAGUCAGGUGCCGGAACCGCGACCCGGCAAGUGUGUUGACGAUAGCCGAACCCUGCCGAAGGCAUCGGUAAACUUUGUCAAGAUGAACACACUGAUGGACUCUCCCGUUCAGUCGCUCCAUGCUAGACCGGUGUUCACGAGAGUGAGCUUACUCUAUCGAUUAUCGUCAAUAACGGUGGAUCCCCAGGUGAAAGCCCUGGACGGUAGUACCCACGAUAUCAUUUUCGUAGGAACCAACGAUGGAAAAGUGAUCAAAUUUGUGAACAUUCUGUCAUCAAACACAACCGACGAGGUGAAAACAGUCGUCAUCAGUGAAACGCAGGCAUUUCCGUUGGGUACCAAAGUUAAUGAGAUGACGAUUUCACGGAAAAAUCGCAAACUGAUCGUGAUCAGCAACGGAAAGAUUAUUUCCCUUCCCCUUAGCAAUUGCAAAGAGCACGAAUUCAAAUCCUGCCGCAAGUGUUUGGAACUACAGGAUCCAUACUGCGCCUGGGAUGACGGAAAUCGUGAGUGUCGCACCAUGGAGGACAUCCAAGCUGGCGGGGCACCCGCGGACAAUUUUUAUCAACGUUUAGAGGGAGGCGAUGCCAAUGACAUUUGCAAAAAAUAUGAUCAGCGCGAUCAGCGCCAACAUAACGUGGAGGAUAACGACGUUUAUACGCGUGUCGAUGGGUCUGGUUUUGCCGAAAAAGAGAAACCCAACGAAAGCAAAAAUGUGGUCAUCAUUCAGUCCACCCGGGGAACGGUGUCCUCGAUUGGGCCGAUCGAUAUCGAUAACGAAAUAACAAUGACCUCGAUCGAAGGCAGCGAGCUGACGAAUAAAAUCGGACCCCAUCAGUACCAUCACAAAACAGAUUCCAUCUUCAAAAACGACAUCACGGUAGCCUCAUUGGGAUGGAAGUUCUACAUAAUGCUAGUGGUGUUCUCGGUCAUCAUAGGCAUCGUCCUUGGCUUCCUGAUAACCCGUCACGUGAUUAAGAAACAGUCCUUUCACGGCAGCGAACAUAGGAAUCAACUGAAUUGGCAUCACACGAAAAACUUGAGUAUGCUCUCGCAAAACCGCAGCAGCGGAAAGGAUGUUAAUCUGCUGAUGAAUACCACGAACCAAUAUCACACCCAGCAGCAAGCGAUUGUCCAGCAGCUGCAACAGCACCAUCAGAACAAUAUGAAGGACAACAUUGAUUUCGAUUUCAAAGAUCGAAGCGUCGAAUGCAAGAAUUCGAACGAAAACCUAGAGAAGGACAUCAGCAAAGGCAUGGGCACUCUGCAGAAGGUGAAGAAGACGUAUAUUUGAUAGUAAACUCGCUUUCGGUGAUUGGGAUAAAUAACUGCUGCUACUGCACAAACACACACACAUACCCCUCACUACUUUCCGGUACUAUUUUCCUAAAAACAAAUAAAAAAAACCAUCUCAACAUUUAUAUCGCCACUCAAAAAAAAAGGUUAUUUGCCACCAGUUGGAUCACCAAAUUCUCUCAUUACUUCUGCCUGUGGAUUAUUUCUUCUUCUACUUCUUCGAACUAAAGGAAAGGUACAGGGAUGAAAGAUGCUUACUUCCGUUGAUUAAUAAUAAUUACGUUCAAAAAUGAUCAUGAGUACUACUAGCUAUUUGGAAAAACACAUCAUCCGUAACUUAUAUUCCAUACAUAUAUACAUGCUUCCAACUCAUGGGGUACCGAUCGGCAAUUGAAAUGUACUUUUAACUCGUAAUGUUGAUAACGAUGCAGCAAAUCCAUACUCAACAAAAACAAUAACCCACGACGACGGCAAGCAGAGAUGAAAAUGCAAUAAGGUUUUCUCUUCCCAACAGACUCGACAGUUGAAGACAUUCAAGCCUUAGAGAAGAAUUGUGAGUAGAUGAUGUGAGAAUGUGAUUGAAGAGUGAGAGUAGCUGCCUUUGAGUGUAACGAAAAGCAAAAGUAAAACUCGAAAAAAGCGAAAUGUGUGGCAUAGAUAAUACCUAUAUAUACCAUAUUCGGUGGGCAGCAAAUAUACAUAAUAAGAUAUAAUAUGAACAAUUGUGAGAGACUGCGUGCCUAGCACAACCCGUAGCGCCCUGUUUGCUCGCCCCACUUUUGGUUUAAUGUCGAGGCCUUACAGUUAAACAUGUGCCCAAUCUGAGAACGGAACUGCGCUAAAAUACAAUAGACAGGGAAUGAUAGACCCACUCUAGUUAGUUUAGAGAAUCGCGACUUGCUCCGGUCCCUUAUAGAAAUUGUGAAACGAAACGCAGAACAGAGUUGAAGAUGCCUUAGGAGCAAGCGCUAUCAAAAUGAGAGCAAUACACUUUCCACUAAUUAAUGAAAUUUUAUAUUUACAUCAGAAAGGUGUUUUGCGAGAUGGGCGGCGGCGGCACCUCAAAUUCUUAGCUGCGUGCUGCCUGAAGUCAACAAUUAGCUAGGUGUAUAUUUUCUUUGUUGAUGGGAUGAAUGACCUCCCAACGGAUUGUUUUUGUCGACAUAAGUUAGGCACACGUUCCAAUCAAAUCGAGCCGAGCUCGAUUGCUUAGUUUAAGUUUAAGUUCAACCAACAGCAGGUGCCGAAAAUGUGGCCCCAUUUUUUCGCACACUUAUCUCUUCUUCAUUACAUUAAUGACUGCGAAUAGCCCGUAUGAUUUAAGGAUAGGACUCCCGGUUUUUACUCACACACACACAGCAAGUGUGCGCUGGUAUUGUUCGGCUCCGGAUGUCGAACUUCUAUUUAUCACAAUUUUUGUUUUUCAAUUGCUCAAGAAUCUCAUUCGAAAAUACUCCGGGGGUGUAUGUUGAACGGAAGAACAGGCAAUUAAGUUGCAUUUUUUUUUGUAGAAUUUUAGUUGACAUAACCCACCUUGUAAGAAAAAAAAAGAAGAAAGCAAUACAUCAAGCGCAAAUCCAUCCAUUGUUGUUUCCAAUGAACUGAAACUCUAGCUAUAUUUUUUUUUCUAUACAUAUCGUUUCGCAGAAGUACCCUAUGUAAUUGUGAAAAUACGCAAAAAAAGCAUUAUAAAAUAUUUAUGCCUAGUUUUAUGGACAAAAAAUGUGAUAAACUUGAGUAUUUUUAUUUUGUGUUAUUUUAAAACGAGCUCUAUUGUAGGUUUUAGAAUAGGAGAGGAUACACGACGCAAGAACAUGAACAAUAGUUUUACGCAUGAAUUUUAUGAGACGAAUUGUGUUUUAGAUUGGAAUACGAACAGAAGAGAGAUAUUUUUCAUUUUUAUUUUGUAUUUAGUAAUCUUAUAGAAGAAUGGCAUAUUUCUUCUUGCAGAAUUCAGUCUUGCAUAGGAGCUAUUUUAAUAUUAUAUGUUAAGAUUCACAAUGGAAUGACGUAAAUUAUGCUUAAAUAGAUAUUUAAGAACGAGGAAAUUAUGUAAAAAAAAUGUUAUGACAAUUGUAAAUAUAAACAUAAGUCAUUUUACUAAGUAAUAGACUUAAAAAUAUA